AUGGAUUUGGUUAAGAGUUUGUUCAACAUGUGGAAGAUGUGCAAAUCUUUUAAAAAGGGUUGUUCCCUGGUGUUGAUGAUCAAGAUCAAAUCUUUGCCUCUCAUUGAUCUUGAGGAAAACAAGGUGGCGCCUGCGGGGUAUGUCCCGAUCUACAUCGGGCGGGAGAAGAAGAGGUUCAUGAUCAAAACCAAGCAUUUGAACCAUCACCUCUUCAAGAGUCUAUUCGAAGAAGCUGAAUCUGAGUAUGGAUAUCGUCACGAGAGCCUCCUCAUGUUUCCAUGCAAAGUUGAUCACUUUGUAGAUGUUUUGAAGGAGAUUCAUUAUUGUGGUGACUUGUGA